AGCACCACAUGGUCCAGCCGGGGCUCUGCAUCAGUUGGCUGUAAGCAGUGGACUGUGGGAGUCCAAUAAAUACAGCUCCCUGCUCCAUUAUCGUCCACUCAGCUGGCUGCAGCCGUGGUUGUGUGUCGGUAAUAAACCCAGGUGGUGAAGGCUGCUUUUGGUGUUACAGUCUCCCUCCCACCCCCAGCCCCGGCUCUGCAAACAGGACUCUGCUGCUAGCUUAAACAAAAUGAACGGCCACCUGAACGGUUUUUACAGCGACUCGCCUCAUGAUGAAGACUGCUUUCUCUUCACCUCCGAGUCAGUCGGAGAAGGUCACCCUGAUAAGAUUUGUGACCAGAUUAGUGAUGCGGUGUUGGACGCUCACCUGAGACAAGACCCUGACGCCAAAGUAGCAUGUGAGACUGUAGCUAAGACGGGGAUGAUCCUGCUUGCGGGGGAGAUCACCUCCAGAGCCACUGUUGACUAUCAGAAGGUCGUCAGGGAGACGAUCAAGGACAUCGGCUAUGACGACUCCUCCAAAGGUUUUGACCAUAAGACCUGCAAUGUGCUGGUGGCUUUGGAGCAGCAGUCUCCUGACAUUGCUCAGGGCGUUUAUCUCGACCGUAAAGAAGAGGACGUUGGAGCCGGCGAUCAGGGUCUCAUGUUUGGUUAUGCCACGGAUGAGACGGAGGAGUGUAUGCCGCUCACCAUCGUCUUGGCUCACAAGCUCAACGCCAAGAUGGCCGAGUUGCGUCGGGAUGGAACGCUGCCGUGGGUCCGACCCGACUCUAAGACUCAGGUGACCGUUCAGUACCGACAGGACCGAGGAGCCGUGGUGCCGCUGCGUGUCCACACCAUCGUGAUCUCUGUGCAGCACGACGAGUGUGUGAGUUUGGAGGAGAUGCGUCACAGCCUGAAGGAACAGGUGGUGAAAGCCGUGGUGCCGUCUGGUUACCUCGACGAUGACACCAUCUACCACCUGCAGCCCAGCGGCCGUUUUGUCAUUGGCGGUCCACAGAGUGAUGCUGGUUUGACUGGGCGUAAGAUCAUAGUGGACACCUAUGGAGGGUGGGGAGCCCAUGGAGGCGGAGCGUUUUCUGGAAAGGACUACACGAAGGUCGAUCGCUCUGCGGCGUACGCCGCUCGCUGGGUGGCCAAAUCUCUGGUUAAAGCUGGACUCUGCAGACGCGUCUUGGUCCAAGUUUCCUAUGCUAUUGGAGUUUCCCAUCCUCUGUCUGUCUCCAUCUUCCAUUAUGGGACCUCGCAGAAGAGCGAGAGAGAGCUGCUGGACAUCGUGAGAAAGAACUUUGACCUCCGCCCAGGGGUCAUAGUGAGGGACCUCGACCUGAAGAAGCCCAUCUACCAGCGCACGGCGUCCUACGGUCACUUUGGUCGGGAUUUGUUCUCCUGGGAGAUUCCCAAGAAGCUGAAAUACUGAGGCACUCUGAUCCCAUCACACACACACACACACACACACACACCGUCCUGCAGAUAAACCUCUUACCGUCCUCUCCUCCUCUUCUUCGCUUUGUUUUGCUCGUACAUCAGAACACCAUCCAAUUAGUUUUUGUCCAGCUGUUGGCAAAGUUACAAUUAUUCCACCUGCUGCACUAUAAUUUUUACUUAUUUAGUAUUAAAAAUUAAGAUUUUUUUUAAAGACAGGUUUCAAAG